UUGCCAAGUGUGUAUUGCAUGUGUUUGUCGUCGGCGCCGCUAUAAGCAUUCCACCAGUCAAAAGGGUACGAUUGGAAAGAAAUUCGUUUUUUUUCGAGAAUUAGCGAACAGUGGCAUCGAGGCGUCGUUGGAGCAUCCUAAAUCUGCACCAUCCUUGGCAGAAAAACAAGCUCAUUUUGGAGGAGAAGCGCAUCGCGGUGAAAUGUGUUGCUGUUGAUGCCGUACACCGCGUGCAGUACACAACCACACACACACCAUCACAGCACGCACGUUCCACGAUGGUGCUGCCCAACAUUCUCGUGACAGGAACGCCCGGCACGGGUAAGUCGGAACUGUGCCGGCAGCUGGCGGACAAGCUCGGCUUCCGGUGGCAGAACGUGAGCGAGAUCGUGACCGAGCACAAGUUCGUGGAGGAGUACGACGAGGAGUUCGAGUGCCCGGUGCUGGACGAGGACCGGCUGCUCGACCAUCUCGAGCCGCUGAUGCAGGAGGGCGGCUGCGCGGUCGAGUACCACAGCUCGGAGUUCUUCCCGGAGCGCUGGUUCGCGUCGGUCUGGGUCGUCCGCUGCUCGACCUCGCUGCUGUACGACCGGCUGCAGGCGCGCGAGUACGGCGAGCGCAAGAUCAAGUCGAACAUGGAGUGCGAAAUCUUCCAGAUACCGCUGGACGAGGCGCGGGACGCGUACCGGAAGGAGAUCAUCCACGAGGUGACGAGCGACACGGCGGCGGAUCUGGACGCGACGGUCGAGCGCGUGCGCGACUGGCUGGAGCAGUGGAAGGCGAAGCACAAUAAAUCGUAAACCCCCCCCCCCCCCCCCAUCAAUUCAACCCCUCGUUCAACCGGACGUUGCGUUUUUGUGUUGGGUCGACGGAGCCGAUCUGCCCGAAAGCAGGAAAGGAAGAAAAAAAAAGCGAAUUCGUCUCCGCGUUGCCAGCAGCGAAGCUACCGACAAACCAACACCGGGCGUCAGGCGGCUCCGGGCAAGGUGGUACGAAAAUAGAAUUUGUACUCACUUGCACAAAACAACCAGCACGACGCAAACGCCAAACUGCUCCAGGGUUUCCUCGGCUUCACCACAAUCAAACGAAAGCUUUUGCAACGCUCGGUGUCUCCCAGGCCGCCCAUGCGGCAAUGCAAGGCGGGAAAAGGAUUGUACAGCGAGUGCGUCUUUCGGUGACCCACGUUCUUCGGGGGUGUAAUUUGAUAUACCGCCAAUGAGCAUUUCAACUGUUUGUGGAUGGUUGCCGAAAGGGGUUCACUUUUCAUCCCUUCAACGGUUAUUUAUAGUUCAAGUGCGUUUUUUUUGCUCUCAAUCCAAGCCCUGAUUGGAUGGAUGUUUUAGAUGUUUUUUUUUUAUUUAUGGAUCAAUAUCAAUCGUUAUGAUUUUUUGCUACUUUUUUGAAGCAUAAUUCUGAUAGCUGGCUGCUUGGAUAUUUAAAACAAUACUUGAUGCACUUUAGAAGAUGUUUCAUCCCGUGCCUUUUAAAUCGUUGGAUUUAAUCUACUUCCAGCACUUUAAGUCGUUCUGUGGCCCGAUACCCGUAUAUGAUUUUUAUUUUCAAACUGAAAUAACUCUUAAUUAAAAAAAGGAAUUAUAAAAAUUUCUUUAACAUAUCUUUAAAACAAUUGGACUAUCUUGAAGAGUAAAUCAUGAACAUAUAAUGUAACCAAAAUCAGGUACGCCAGUCGUAGAGAUGUAAAUUUGGUCAUUCAGAUAAAAAAGUCCAAUUAAAAUUAGAUUUCAUGCAUCGACCGGUAUUGCUGCUAGCAGUGUGUAGGAAAAUUCCAAUAAGAAUAAAUAAAAAAAAUAUCACAUGA